UGGACUAAAAACCUACUUUACUUGGGAAACGACAGUGUAUUGCUUUAGCUUACUCGAAUACGGACACAAUUCGGAUUCGCCUUAUCUUAUCCAAUCUAUCUUCUCCCUUUCAAAAGGGCCACCGUCGGCGCUGAACCCGCCAUGGUCUCCGACUUCCCAGGUCUGGGCACAUUUCGCCGGAGCAAGUUGGCAAUUUCUUAAGAAUCUCCUCAAAAAAAUGGCGCCAAUCUCGGAGAAGGAACUGGACAGCAUGAAAAGGAGAGUGGCAGCAGUGGCCAACCACGUCAAUCCUCUGUUCUCAACUCCGGCUUCGAGCUCCAGCAGCCCCAUCAUCGGAUUACACGCCACUUCCAUGAGAGACAGCUACCACAGAAUCCACGGCCAAGUGUCGACGGCAGAAGCCUCCUGGAAAAUCGCUGAUGAGCAGCAGUUCACCGACAUCAUAUACGAGAAAGCAGUCGGCGAAGGGAUCGCCAAGAUUACGAUUAACAGGCCGGAAAGGAGAAAUGCGUUCCGGCCGCUAACGGUGAAGGAGAUGAUUCGGGCGUUCGAUGAUGCCAGAGAUGAUACCUCCAUUGGGGUUAUAAUUCUCACCGGAAAGGGAACACAAGCAUUCUGCAGCGGCGGCGACCAAGCAUUGAGGACCAAAGAUGGUUACGCUGAUCCUAAUGACACCGGCCGUCUCAAUGUUCUUGACUUGCAGGUCCAGAUUCGGCGGCUUCCCAAGCCCGUAAUAGCAAUGGUUGCUGGGUAUGCUGUGGGAGGAGGCCAUGUGUUGCACAUGGUUUGCGAUCUCACGAUCGCAGCUGACAAUGCUGUGUUCGGCCAGACUGGUCCGAAGGUAGGAAGUUUCGACGGUGGAUAUGGAAGCUCCAUCAUGUCCCGUCUGAUUGGCCCGAAAAAGGCUCGAGAGAUGUGGUUUCUGGCGAGGUUCUACUCAGCUUCAGAAGCUGAGAGAAUGGGGCUGGUUAACACAGUUGUCCCAUUGGAUAGGUUGGAGCAGGAAACAGUACAAUGGUGUCGAGAGAUACUAAGGAACAGCCCUACCGCGAUUCGAAUUCUGAAGUCAGCUCUCAAUGCUGUUGAUGAUGGCCAUGCUGGACUCCAGGAGCUUGCUGGGAAUGCAACGCACAUAUUCUACCGUACUGAAGAAGGCAAUGAAGGGAAGACAGCAUAUAUGGAACGAAGGCCACCGGACUUCUCGAGAUUUCCUCGACUCCCUUGACCCAUCCAAUCUUUUAUUCAAGAUGCUCUAGACUUCACUUCACACCAGUUUUUAUUGAACAAAAUCUUGGGGACAAAACCGCCUGUAAGCUUCCAUUUCUUCAUUUCAUUUGUGAAUGCAUAAGAUUUAAGGUAAAACAUCAAAGGUGUAAUAAUAAGUAUAACUCACCAGUAGAAAAGAGAGGCAGGGAAGGAGAGAGAGAUGAUAGCAAUCGAUUAACACACGCGGUGUGUGUAUUGAUGAUUCAUAUGAGGGGUUCAGAAAGCUCUUCCAAUGAAAUGGAAGAGCUGUUGUAUGUUUCAUGAUUGGCAUGUGUUCCUGCUACAAGAUUCAAGCCUGGCCACUGGGAAAAAGGCCACCAGCAUACAUAUUUUCGACUUCGGUCGCCACUGGCUUCUUCUCUGGUUUCAAACUCUUCAAGUUGACGGCUGAGCUCCUCUGUUCUCUCCCUCAGCCUGGAUGCUCUUACGUCAGCCAAUCUCAAUGACUUCUCAGCAGCCUCUCUCGCUGCCAUGGCUGCAGCCGCCGUCUCUUCUUUCAACUUCACCUUCUUCUCUGAUUCUAAUGUCGCUUGCUUUGCCUCUUCUACCUCCUUCUUAAGUGUUGAUAACUGCAAGCAGAAGCAUUUUAGUCUACGCCCUUUCUUCAUUGUUAUAUGCAUAUUUCACUGUGUUUACAGCCA